AUGAUGCUCUACGAAGGUGACGUAAGAAGAUGUCGGCGCUGCAAGCGUAGAAGAAUGGACGACGAACCUCCUGAAGUUCAACAGUACAAAACUUGUGCAAAGUGUCGAAUCAUUGAACGCACUAAGAAGAAGCUGAGAAAGCCUUUGGCCGAGGAGACCAUGCGUUACGGCAUGCGCCAGUUCCAGGAACAGAACCAGAACGCAAACUUCAUCCAUGACGAUAUCUUUUCCAAUGAUCAACUUCUCACCGACUUACAGUCUAAUAGAGACGUGGUUCCUAACCCACUGAAACAGCUGUACAACACCCAGUUUGCCAUUUACAAGCAACCAGCGCUGCUGUAUGCGUCGCAGGAUGCCACUCCAACCAAUGGCUCCAACUACAACUACUCCUACCAGGCUGGUGCAGCUAACUACCCUGGUCAGGGCAUGAGGUCAACUCCAGGCCAGACUGGCGUGGGUCUGAGCGGCCUGUCGGCAUUCCAUCUGCCUCAGUUAGGUCUGAGCACCCCUUUCGGCGGCAUGGGCACCCGUUCAACCGCUCCAGGCGCUCCUUCAUUGACUGCAACCGCCACAGCCAUUGCUGCCGCUGCCAUUAACAGAAACGACCUACAAUUGGGUACUGUCGGCGGAACGGGUCUGCACCAGUACAAGGCGUACCCAAAAGGACAUGGAGACCGUAGUCGUCUUGUAGCUCCAACCAAUUGCGAGCUUUGUGCUUCCAAGUUGGACCCGGAGGAUACCAUGAGUGCUAUGUACAGAUUGUGCAAACAAUGUUACUCGGAUCCUUACUCGCGUAAGGCGGUGUACAGCGACUUCAACGAUUUCUUGUUGGAGGUGGUCAACAACAAGGACUCCAGCACAAUGACUUACAUCUCUGAGUUGGCUCCAUACUUAGUGGAACUGCUUAACACGAACCGUUCCAUCUCAUCAGAAGAGCAGUUCCGUAAGGUUAUGUUGGACUCUUUUGGUCUGAUAUACGUGGAUCCCUUAGUGGCGCUGUUGUCUCCUACCAAAUUCACUCGUGUGCUGCACAACAUUGCUGAAGUCAACCACACUUCGCCAGUCAUGUCCAAAGUGAGCCACCAGUACCACUACACAUUGACUCCACCGCUCAGAGCGUCGUACUUGGGCAGCAAUGACGCCGUCACGGUAUCUUUAGAUUUAUUUUUUGUCACAGAAACAAAUUUGAUUGUCAUUAAGAAGGUCUCGAAGAAGACCGCUACCGACUACACCGUUGCGUUCUUGAAGUCACUCGACGAUCAAAUGAAAGCCAAGGGCCUUAAUUUUAAUGAUGAUCCUCUUAAGGUUUAUGCGACACUCAAACUCGAGAGUGUACCAGCCAACCAAUUUGUUAAGGAUUUCGUGACCUUGCAGACACAGAUUGCCAACAUCCGUAAAAAUGAAGCAUCUGCUGGAGACUUGAAUGGCAGCCUGUCUACUGCUCAGAAUGGUGCUGGUACGUCCAACCAUGAAGCAGAGCAUAACGACUCGCUAGUUGAAGCAAGCAAGAAGGAAGACGAGGAUGACGAGGAAGAGGAGGAAGAGGAGGAGGGAGAAGAAGAAGAAGACGCAGAAGAAGACGACGAAGACGAAGAUGAGGAUGACGAAGACGACGAGGAUUCAGGAGACGGAGAUCCCGAUGACUUGGAUCCCAUGUUCGCACCUUAG